AUGUAUACAUUAGCCGACCUAGACGCCAUUUUCACCGAUGCCCAAAGCUUACAGUCCACGAACAUACAACAAGAUAUUAUCGAAGAUAACACCAUAGAUACACAGGAUAUAAACCUCGCUCUUAUUGAACCGGAUGAGGUACUGAAAGAUGUGAUUCUACCGCCCUCUUUUGACCGUAACAAUAUAUUUGACGUUCAAGGCAUGGUGGAUGAUAAUUUCCUGGAAGUGGACGAAAUGCCGCGCGAUGUACUGGGAACGAACGAAGAGUUUGACGUUAGUAAAUUCUUCAAUCUACCCGACGAAAAACAACGCGAACCGAACGAGGAUUCUGAUUAA